CCCACCAAACCCAAAGUAAAGGGUAUUCGCUUCCAAAUUACAAGAAUACCCCUAAGGCUCCUGUCUGAAAAGAGAGGGGAAAAGGAAGUGCUUUCCAGGAGAAGGGCUUGCUGUCUUUGAUUCGAUGAUGGAUAUGGAUUGCAUAGAUCUGAAGCAAUGAGAAGAAGAGGGAUUGUAGACUAGGGAAUUGUGCUUUGUGGGUUUUCUGUUAGUUUCUUCCCAAAGAUGUUCGAAGAAUCCUCCGAACAGAUCUCUCCGCCUUCAGAAGAAGUGGGAGAACCUCUGGAGACUUCUCUUGGGUUGAAGUUGGAUUCAUUCAAUGGGCUUCCAGCUGUUUCUCAAUUGCCUGAGUCGCCUCCUGUUCCAACUGUUUACACGGAUGUAAAUGUGGUACCUGAGCAUGAAAAGAAAGGGCUCGAAGAAGCAAUUUCAAACCUCCAAGGAGAAAUCACGGCAUUGAGAUCUAAGCGUCAUUCUUUAAAAGAAAAACGGAGACAAGCACUAAAUACAAUAUUGGACAUCAAAGGCAGCAUUAGAGUUUUUUGUCGAGUUCGCCCCUUCCUAUCAAUCGAUAGGAGAAAGAUCCAUCGAUCCAUUUCUACUGGAUCAGAUAAUAUCAUAGUUAGAUCUGCCGGGUGUAGGAAAGAAUUCAAUUUCGAUAAGGUUUUUCCUCAGGAGGCGACACAAGAAGACGUUUUCGUAGAAGUCGAGCCAGUUCUCAAAUCUGCACUUGAUGGGCAUAAUGUAUGCAUUUUCGCAUUUGGUCAGACUGGCACUGGGAAGACCUUUACUAUGGAAGGGACAAGUGAUCAGCCGGGGAUUGUUCCUCGAGCUAUGGAAGAACUCUUCCAUCAAGCUUCUCAAGAUAGCUCUGUCUCUUUUACUUUCUCAAUGAGCAUGUUGGAGGUUUACAUGGGUAGUCUGCGGGAUCUACUGGCACAAAAGCCAUCAUCAAGAAUGGGGGAAUCAGUCUCUAAAUGUGCUCUCAACAUUCAAACAGGUUCUAAUGGGUCCGUGGAAAUAGAGAGGCUCACUGAUGUGGCAAUAACUGAUUUUACGCAAGCAAGUCGGUGGUAUGCCAAAGGGAGAAGAGCCCGAUCUACGUCGUGGACGAAUGUCAAUGAGGCAUCUAGCAGAUCUCAUUGCUUGACUAGAAUUAUCAUUGGCCGAUCUGGGGACACCAAAGAAGGUAAAACAGAACCUAGCAAAUUGUGGAUGGUGGACCUUGGAGGAAGUGAGCGGUUGCUGAAGACGGGAGCUAUUGGUCAGACACUGAAUGAAGGAAAAGCUAUAAAUUUGUCGCUAUCAGCUCUUGGAGAUGUCAUCGCAGCACUGAAAAGAAAGCGUAAUCACGUUCCUUACAGGAAUAGCAAGCUGACUCAAAUUCUCAGAGAUUCUCUUGGCGAUGGUUCAAAAGCUUUGAUGCUUGUGCACGUUAGUCCAAGUGUAGAUGAUGUUGGAGAGACGAUCUGCUCAUUGAACUUUGCGGGAAGAGCAAGAUCUGUAGAAUCCAAUAGAGAACUUCCAGAGGACUUGAAGAAGCAGAAGGAGAAGAGGAUUGCUGAGCUGGAUCAGCAGAUGAGGGAUGCCGAAGAAGAAUGCCAGAAGAUCAGAAAUCACAUACUCGCAGCAGAGUUCCUGUUACAGGAAAAGAAGAAGCUUUAUUCGGUUACCUACCAACAACAGGAAGACCAAAAAGAAUUCCCAAAAGGCCCUCAAGCAGACCACACAAAAAUCACAGAAAGUCCCCGAACUGCCGAAAAAGCUGUCCGCAGGAGCAGUUCUAAUUCGCUUCCUCACUUCAUGACUUCUACAGCAUGCAGUCGCCAUCGGCAAGGUGUGGAUGGAGAGACGAGUGGAAGAGUGAGAAUGCUGAGAUCUGGAAAUGGAAGCUCAAUCGAACUGUUUGGAUCCCAAUCCCUCAGUUAUCCAGACCAAUAUUUCAGAGCACACUUACGGAGCACAAAGAUCAAGCACGUGACCCAAGAUGCCAGAAAACCCGGGCAGGGAGAGCCAAACUCUCCCCACAUGGAAAGUCCAAAAUUCAGCAGCUUGGGCUCGAGGUCAUCAUCAAUUCCCCGAAACAAGAGGGUCUCGACAUCUUAUUCGAAUUUUAGAGUUCCAACAUGUCAUCACCGAAGAAGAAUGUCUGACCUGAGCUAAGGAAAAGAAUGGCAUUUGGCUUGCCCCACAUGUGGGGACAUCCGAGCUGUGCAUAAGGUGGGCGUCACCAUUAAGAUGACCAGACGCAAAAGAGUCCAAUCUCAAGUUACACAUACAUUGAAUGUUGACAGUGGGUAAUUUCUUUUAAACCAUCAACAGCUUUGGAACAUGCAUAGCUCAUCUGAUGAAUUGAACUAGACUUUUGGACCAGGUCAUCUGCAUGGUUGAACCCAACUUUCCCUUGUUCUGAGAUAUUCCCACAUGUGCUGGGUUGGCUUGUUUGGCUGCAUGUAGAUGUGCAUGGAGCACCAGAAAUUAAACUGUUGUGAAGACAUGGGCAAAGCAUCAGAAGAGGUGUCGUGACAUGAUGUAUGGUGGCAAUCUUUAGUUCUUUGUAAAAUGCAGUAUUCAAUGAUGUAACUAGGGGUAUACUAGGGAGUUUUGUGUUAUCUUCCUCAAGGAUGUAUGCUAGGAGUGUUGUGUCCUUGGAGCAUGGUUGUCUCUUCUGUCUGAAUCUGUUGAUUGUUUGCUUGUAUUCUUACUCAGCUUGCAAAAGGUUAACAUUAAACAUAGGUUGUGAUUGGUUUGAGGAAAUUAUGAAAUACAUGAAAAUCUACUCAUUGCUUGCA